UGAGCCCCAGUGUGGUGGAGGCGGUCCCGUACACCUCCAGUACCCGGGCUGUCACUCACCAGGCGACACUCACGCUCCCCGCCCCUCACAACCUCCCUCACCAUGGGUCCGCCCACCUCCUGAACACCUGCAGGGACACUGGCAUGGCGUGGUGCGUGUGUGUGUGAGACUACAGCUUAGAGAUGCCCGUGUGUCCGGCAGAUACUAGAUUGUGAAGAAAGAUGCCAGCAUUAGUGGUAUUCCAGCGACGGUGGCGCAUUGGAAGUGAUGACCUUGUUAUUCCAGGCAUUAUAGAAGUUAUAUUGCGUGCAGGAUGGCUUGGGUUGACACUGACCCUGUUUAUCCACCACGAAGCCGACACCUCCAGGUGCACCAGUGGCAGCCACCUCCUUCGCCUCUUUCUUAUAGGCAGUAUGGUCAUUCUGGGAACAACGCUCAUCAUAACUGUGUUACUAGUGUUCUUCAGCAGUCGUGGCACCAUCAUGAAUACUGCCCCCCGGAAACGUGUAUCUCGUCUCCUUGUGACAAGAGUUAUGUUUGGUAUUCCAGAGGUUGCUUGGAAUGUAAUGGGAAGUGUAUGGAUACUGACAGGUCAGAUCCACUGUGAACCUGAUACAGCCUUACCCCUUCUGAUGAAAGCUCUUGUCAUCUACACCUGUGUUGCCAUUGGACUCAUUUUCAUUGGGAUUUUAUUGUUAUUUGAUCCCAUGAAGCGACCCAGCAGGCAAGGGCUUGUUGAAGGUGGUGCCUUAGGGAGUCACUAUAUUCAGCUGUGGGAGAACCGCUGUCGUUUUUUUUGUUGCGUCAGAUCUCGUGAUGAGAAUAGCUCUGAAGCCUUCAGAAAUGUUGCAGAUGUAUUUGCCUCUCUGUUUGAGGAGAGUGAUUUGGUGGCAUCCGACCUAGCUGCUGCUCUGGUGCUACUGAGGCUGAAGAGGAAACACGAGGAGCAACGGGAGGAGUCCAACAGAAAGCUCAACCUCCAUCUACCUAUCAGCCGCUCCUCCACCGCCAGCAUUGGUGCAUUGCAGGAUGAAGGAGGGUUGCCGUACCAGCAGUCACCACGUCCUGAGUGGAUGAAAGUUGGCAGUGCCUAUCACUUUAUGAAGUAUGCUCUGGCAUCUUACGGCUGGCCCUGGUUUGUUUAUGGCCAGUUCUGUGGUGCAUGCUGCUCUCUAUGGUCGCACUUGCGGUGUUGUAUGUGCUGCAGAUCAUCUCCAGAGUUCGUUAUGCAGGAUAACUGCUGCCUCUGCCACACAGCAGCACUUAAGGCAAUCACUAAUCUCACCGAGGACAAUAUCACCUACAUCACCUUCCACAACAAAAUAUAUGAGGUGCCAUUUUUUGUUGCAAUUGACGAUGAAACUCAAAAUGUUGUGGUGGCUAUUCGUGGAACACUCUCGCUCCACGACGCAAUCACUGACCUCAACGCUCAGAGCAUCAAUAUUGAGGUUGAAGGGAUUCCUGAAGGUUGUGUUGCUCACAAAGGCAUGGUACAUGCAGCAAGGUUUGUCCUUCGCAGGUUAGAAGAAACGCGAGCCCUGGCUGAGGCGUUGUCUGCUCGCACCGGCUAUGGACUCGUCAUAACUGGGCACAGUUUGGGUGCAGGGACGGCAGUGGUGUUGGCAACUCUGAUGCGGCCGCAGUACCCCAGUCUUAAGUGUUUUGCAUUUUCCCCGCCGGGUGGUCUUUGCUCAAAGGAGUUUGCUCUGGCUACACAGAGCUUUGUGAUGUCGGUAGUCGUUGGGGAUGAUCUUGUGCCUCGCUUAUCCAUGAAUUCCCUCCAUGACCUCCGUCACAAGAUUAUGUGUGUUUUAGAUACCUGUCGUCAGCCAAAGUACCGUGUACUAGCUCAGGGCUGCUGGUACAUGUUGUUUGGUAUAUCUGCAGCAUCACUGAACUCUGCAAACUCGGUUGAGAGUCCAUCUCUAGACCGUCCACUUCUUGACAGUGCCUCGAAUUCUUUUACCUAUACAUCAUCCCCUUCUGUGCAGGAGAGCAUUGAUGAUGUGCGUGUGACAUUUUCUGAUAAUGGAUCUCAAAGGUGCCAGGUUCCACGACACACAGAAACGCCUCUCUAUCUACCUGGUCGAGUCUUGUAUUGCUUCCCAAGCUUACCAGAGGAAGAGAAGCUUGAUGGUAAUGCUGGAGAGUGGAAGUUCAUAUGGGGCGAAAUGAAGGAGUUUUCAGAGAUCCUGAUAUCCCCUUUCAUGCUGCGCCAUCACCUUCCUCAAGUGGUGGUGUCCGCAUUGAGAGAUGCUGCUGUGCAAGCUUCUGAUCCAAGCUAAUACAUGCCUUUUAGGUGGAAGUGUAGUUUUAGUAUAUUGGUUGUUUAUACAAAAUGGAACUGAAAGCUGCUGAAAGAUGUACUUUGCUAUGGAAAUGUUUCCUUCCUUUUGAUAUGUUACAAAUCACAAGUUUUUUGUUCACAGUGUAUGUUAGCCUUAAUACUGCCAUGUGUUUCUCCAAUACUGAAGCUUAAGUCUCAUUGCAUCAAAUUCCAACUUGACUCAUUUUAGGGUGGAUUUAUUAUCAUAUACAUUACUGGUAUGGCACUGUAUUUCCACCAACUUACGGAAUGUAUUUGAUACUUCUAUUAAUGCCUCAUUUAUACAUAAACUAUUUAUGGGGAGACUAGAAAGGCAACAUCUGUCAAUCUAGAAUGAAGCUGGCCUUUCUGCCUUGUAUUUACCCACCCGGUAGUGCUGGGUGCUGGAGAUGAUUCAGUUCUCGUUCGGUUGUCGGUUAUGUGGUUUAUCUGUUGUAGGUUGUCUUCUGAUCCGUUUAUAAAAAAAACUACUGUAUUAAGUUAUGAGGUUUGUUACAAGUAAAUGGUUAGGUUGUAAUAUUUACCAUACUUUUAAGAAUGUCGAGUAAUGUCACCAUGUAAUUUGAACGUGGUAAUUGGAUGAAGGUUUGCACUUUAUUUUUUAUGCUGUACAUAUGGACUUGGGAAUAGCCAGUUUACAUGAAGGAAAAAGCACUCUUAUGGAGUAAAUUUGUUUUAUGAGCAAUGGCCCUGCUUGUAAGGUUCUCGCUCCAUCCCUCUUCCUAUUUACAGUCACUGAAAGUGAGGUACACCUAGUACUGUAGGUGCUGAGUUGGAAGAGCUUUUGACAAUGAUAAGUUAGCUACAUUGGGCUGUGUUUUCUGUGGUUCUUCCAUUAUUUACUAUGUACUGCUGGCCAGCCUUAAUAAAUAACCCUAGAAAAUAUUUUGUGUAAAAAAAAAAAAAAAUUGAGUUUGUGCAAUGUUAUGCCUUAAUUUUUCAGAAAUAAGAUGUUAAAUUUAUAGUUUGGGAAAGGUCUAGCUCUAAUAUACAUGAGAGAUUAGCUUUAUUCCAUUCUUCCUGCAAAGGAAGGGAAUUGGAAACAUGUGAAGUGCAUGGUGUUUUGGAUGAAUGGUUCAUAAUGAAGUUUGGAUGAUGCACAAUACCAGUGGGUGUUGUCUGCUAGAGUUUAAUAAUAUAAAUGCAGAAUAUAUCCGUCAUUUUUAUUUGCAUGAUUCAGAUACAGUAGUAGAUUAACAAGUCCUUGUUCUAUUAAUGUACAGGCAAAAGAUAAGUUCUUGGAUAAGAGCAAUAUUUUAAAGUGUGUAGAACUGUUUAGUGAAGUAUUUUUUGUAACAAAUGUUUUCUGUGUGCAUGUGUGUGUGUGUGUGUGUGUUUUGUUUAUCUAGAAACAUAAUCCUGGUCAUAUCUUUAUGUAGCAUGAAAUAGAAUUAUAUGGUGGUUUUCCAGAGCAUUUAGAAAGGUAGUGCUAGUGCUUCCAUAUUCCAGUGUAACACGCUAUAGAUAUGGGAUAUGUCACGGAAAUGUUCUCUUUAUACUUGAUGUAGUAAAUCAAAUUGUACAAGUGCUUAAGUCAGAAUUAAAUCAUGACCAGUAAACAUAAAAUUUGAUUACACAAAACAGGAUUAGUCCAGCCAACAUCUACUCAGGGAUCUGUAAAGCUUUAUGUUGUCAAUAUAAUGACUUACAGAUAUGGCUUUUGUGCAUUUUUUCAGGCAAGGGUGUCAUGGUUAAAUGCUUGCCCUUAUUCAGGAGAUUUACUAAUUCAGUAAAAUAGAUGGAGGUAUUCCUGUAAGGAAAGAAUUUGAAUUAUUUAAGAAUAGCAUGCACCAUCAACAGGCAAAAAGAUAAGGUUAAUAUGCAGUUUUUUUAAUUAUUUAUGAUUACAUUUUAAUAUAUACUUCAUAUUUGAUUUUUACUUUUUAUUAUUGAAUAUCGAGAUAGUUUGAUUUUUUGUGAUAAAUGUUACCAAGAAACUUUUGAAAUUGUUAGUGUAUUAAGAACCAGAAGGAAAUUAUAAUCAUAAGUACAGGUAUUCAUUUAUUUUCUCUUAAAGUUUUUUUUUUGCAUUAAGCACGUGUUCAGCAUUUUCAGAACUGCCUGAAAUGCUAUGCGUGCUAGUGGCUGUGCUAGUGACUUGCACGUGCGUACUAGUGGCUUGCACAUGCGUGCUAGUAAUGUGCUAGUAACUAGCACGUGCUAGCUUGUGUGCUAGUGCAUGUUAAUGACUUGCCCAAAAUGCUAUGCAUCCUAGUGGCUGUACAAGAAUGUAAGAACUCCUGAUAUUUCAUAAUAGUUAUGAGUUAAUUUAGUCAUUACAAUGGUAAAUUCUUUUGUUUCUUUACCGAGUUUACUUCUCGACCAAACAUUUGAACGUGGUAAUUACUGUACAGUAAGUUCUAUGUUUGUCAAAAUAAUUUGUAUUUGCAUUUACAGAGUUAAGACUGAAUUUUUCAAAAUUUAUUUUUCUUCAUUUGUCUAGUGUUAUAUUGUACUUGCUAUUCUUGAAAUGUUGUUUGUUUUAAAGUUUUAUAAUUGGUCGUAUAUUCAGUACACGAUUUGCAUAAAUUGCAAUAUAAUAUUUAAGAGUUGCUGCUGGUAAUUAUGGCAUUGCAAGAGUGUUGGAAAAAACAAACGUAUCUUGUAUUUUCCUCGGUCCCGCGACAUCACACUUUUUCAAAUGUAACUGUUGCUAUAAGGCAAUUGUAUCUUUAUGGGGCUUUGAUAAUUGUCAGCUGAGAGUCUGUUGAAAUGUAGAUAUAAUCUUGAAGCCAUAAACUAAGGAUACGUAUCUUCACAUAGUGUUGUAAUUUUUUACUGUAUUGGUAAACAGUGUACAUGGGCCUAUGGAAAAGCAUGCUCAACACGAUUGUCCUAAUUGUGUUAGGUGUGAGUGUAGUAUAUGGAUACAGUAAUUAUGGAAAGAUUAAGUUGGGUUGUAAUACUGUAUUCUUUAAUUACAUUUGUUAUUAAUAGUCAAGAUAAAACUUAUCGGAGUUAUGUGAGGUACGAAAUUUGUAUAGAACAACAUUGAGCUGUCAAAAUACUGUAUUUUAUGAAUCCUAAUGUAUAAUUAGGGCAUAAGAUUUUGUUAUAGAAGGGUGGUAGAGAGAGGGAGGGGGGGGGUUAUGUUUUUCAUUGUAUGUACUUUGAAGAUCUUGCAAAAAUAUUGUAGACAAGCUUUUUUUUUUGUGAGGUUUUGAACAAUUAUUAGUAGUUUGGUUUCUGGAUGAUACAUAUGACACAGUGUUAUACACUCGCAUUUCUUGUUUGUUAUUCUCAGUAUAUUUAGUGUUUUAUUAAUAUUGAAUUAGCCAAUAUUUUGCCGAGGUAAUAUUUGUAUUUAGUUCAUUUGUUUAUAUUGUAUGUACUGUACAGAAAUAUAUUAUUGUAUAAAAAUUCGUAUAUAUACAUUAUAUAUGCAUUUUAUGACUAAUUUUCACACAUUCCUAAUUAAUUUUGUGUAGAGAUAUAGUAUUACAAUAGUCUCAGCAAUGUUCAAGACAUGACAUUAUCAUAUUUUUAUGAGGCACUUAUAAUUUCUUCCAUUUAUGUGUAUAUAUAUAUAUAUAUAUAUAUAUAUAUAUAUAUAUAUAUUAUAUAUAUAUAUAUAUAUAUAUAUAUAUAUAUAUAUAUAUAUAUAUAUAUAUAUAUAUAUAUAUAUAUAUAUAAUAUAUAUAUAAUAUGUAGUUAGAUAUAUAGUUAUAUCUAAGGGUAUUUUGGAGAGAUUACAACCUAUAAUUUUAUGGCAGUCUUUUACGAUUAAUGGACAAAGUAUAUUACUCAGUAAGCAGAGGACCUAAUGCAGAGCUUUUGAGUAAUAUGCAGCCAUUAUCAAGUAAGAUAUAAAUACUGCCAGGUUAUUUGCCUAUAAAAUAAAAUUGUCUAAACAUUU